GUUGAUCCGUGCAAAAAUGCGCCCAAGCCCAAGGGCCUCGUCCGUCUCGAUUCGGGUUGACGAAGUUCCGACCCGAUCAAAUUAGCAUCGAUCCCCUCCAUCCUCCCCUCCGGAGAUUUUUUCCCCCACUGCUGUGUUAUCCAUGGCCCUUUCACAGCUCUAAAACUCCUUUUGAAAUAGACCAAAACCUCUCUCUCUCUCUCUCUCUCUCUCUCUCUCUAACCCAUGAAUUUAUCUCCAAGCUUCCAAUUAAGUCAUCCUUCAUCUCUCUUCGACUCGCUCCACUCCUUCUCUCGCCUCCAAUUGCGUCCACGCAUUCAGCUCCUCCGCUGCAAAUCCACAAAAACCCUGAACUCCCACUCAAACCCCGUCUCCAAUCAAAACCCAGAUGUCAAAAUCCCAUCUUUACCCCAACCCACUAACAACUGGAUCCAGAAAUGGCCCCGAACACCCCCGAAACCCCUCCGCAAGCCCUCAAACUCCGUCGCAGACUACCGCAACUCCACCACCAGUGACGACGAGGAGGUGGUGGGCGCCAGCAGAAGCACAGGAAGCAGCACAAUGGAGAGGAUAGUUGAGAAGUUGAAGAGAUUUGGGUACAUUGAUGAUUCAGCAGAGAGAAGGGAGAGACCGUUGCCCAAAAAGGGCUCGGUUGAAGACAUUUUCUAUGUUGAGGACGGCGUUUUGCCCGAUUCAAGAGGCGGGCUCACUGUGGAUUUGAACGAGGAGGCUCGGUUUCCAUGGGAGAAGCCGAGCUUGGAGCUUAAGGAAGGAGGAGGGGAGAGGAGGAAGAGGAGCAAGACGACGGUUGCAGAGCUUACGCUUCCUGAAGGGGAGCUGAGGAGGUUGAGGCAUUUGGCAAUAAGGACGAAGUCGAAGACGAAGAUUAAGGGGGCAGGAGUGACGAAGGAGAUUGUGGAUUUGAUACACGAGAAGUGGAGGACUGAGGAGGUGGUGAGGCUGAAAUGUGAGGGGCCGCCUGCGCUCAACAUGAAGAGGAUGCAUGAGAUAUUGGAGAGGAAAACUGGAGGGCUGGUGAUAUGGAGGUCAGGGAGUUCUAUUUCCUUGUAUCGUGGUGUAAGCUACGAGACUCCACAACCAGUGAAAAAACCAUAUCAGAUUAUUCAAACUACUGAAGUUGUUCCUUUUAGCAAUGCCACAUACGGUGGUUCCUCAAGGAAUUUAACAGAAACAAGUGGAGAUGCUAUGGAGCGUCCUCAUGUAAGUCUUCCAGCUCCUUUUGAGAGGAAACAAGAUAUAGAAUCACCUUCCGAGGUCAAAUAUGAAAGUGAAAUGGACAGUUUAUUAGAUAGUUUAGGACCGAGAUAUGACGAUUGGCCAGGACCUGAUCCGUUGCCUGUAGAUGCUGAUAUGCUUCCAGGCAUUGUUCAUGGCUAUAAACCUCCUUUUAGAAUCCUCCCUUAUGGCGUGAGGCCUUCUCUUGGUUAUAAGGAAGGUACUGGAUUAAGGAGGCUUGCCAGGGUAUUGCCUCCUCAUUUUGCCCUUGGAAGAAGUAGGCAGCAUCAAGGUUUAGCUGCAGCGAUGCUGAAGCUGUGGGAAAGAAGUUCGAUUGCAAAGAUCGCUUUGAAGCGUGGGGUACAGCUUACUACGAGCGAAAGAAUGGCUGAAGAUAUCAAGAAGUUAACAGGGGGUACCAUUCUCUCUAGGAACAAGGACUACAUCGUUUUCUUCAGAGGGAAAGAUUUCUUGUCCCCAGAACUGACAGAAGCAUUACUAGAGAGAGAAAGGAUGGCAAAGACCCUCCAAGAUGAAGAGGAACAAGCAAGACUGAGAGCCUCUGCUUUGGUCAUUUCAAGUGUUGAAAAAGUUGAUGAGAUGGGAACUGAAGUGCAAGAGUCAGGCACUACUGGGACCCUUGGAGAAACUCUGGAAGCUGAUGCUAGGUGGGGCAGCAAGAUAGAUGAAGACCAUGCAAACAAGAUGAUGAGAGCUGCUGAGGCGGCAAGACACGCUGACCUUGUCAGAAAGCUCGAGAGGAAGCUUUUCCUUGCAGAGCGGAAGUUAUCGAAAGCUGAAAGAGCUCUAGUGAAAGUGGAAGAGUCAUUGAAGCCUGCAGAGCGACCAGCAGAACCAGAGACCAUAACUGAUGAAGAGAGAUUCAUGUUUCGCAAGCUUGGUUUAAGGAUGAAGGCGUUUUUGCUCCUGGGGAGGAGAGGUGUUUUUAGUGGUACAGUAGAAAACAUGCACUUGCACUGGAAGUAUCGGGAACUCGUGAAGGUUAUUAUUAAAGCAAAAACUUUUGCACAGGUUAAGAAUGUCGCAUUGGCCCUUGAAGCUGAGAGUGGGGGGAUCUUAAUUUCUGUGGAUAAGAUCUCAAAGGGGUUUGCAAUAAUUGUAUACCGUGGAAAGGACUAUCAACGACCUUCCUCCUUGAGGCCGAAAAAUCUCCUGACCAAAAGAAAGGCUUUAGCCCGCUCUAUAGAGCUUCAAAGGCGCGAGGCUCUUAAUCAUCAUAUCUCAACUUUAUACAGAAGGGUGGAGGCUCUGAAAUCUGAACUGUGCCAAAUGGAGGAUGUCAAAGAACAAGGUGAUGAGGAACUGUAUUCCAAAUUGGAUUCAGCAUAUUCCACUGAAGAUGAAGAUACCGAGGAUGAGACCGAUGAGACUUACCUUGAAACAUUCGACACCGCCGCCGAUUCUAUUAGUGAUGAAUACAAUGAGGAUGAUGAAGGUGAUGAGGAUGCUAGCGGUGACAGCAAUAGUGACGGUGAUGAAGAUUUUGAUGAUGAAAACUACACAGAUGAUCAUGAGCACAGAAUUUUU